CACGCAGUUUGCGCACGCGCACAACCACACGGCCGCGUAGCUCCGAGCUUGCUGAAAACGUCUUGCAAGAGGUUGAGCUGCUUGCACAAUGUCGGAAAUGAACGAGCUGUGCGAGCUAUAUGAAGAAAGCAACGAUUUGCAGAUGGAUGUGAUGCCUGGCGAGGGUGACCUUCCGCAGAUGGAGGUAGGCAGCGGGAGCCGGGAGCCAACCCCGAACCCCUCCCGCAACAGGGCCCCGCCACAGCUGGAGGAGGAAGGCCCAAUGGAGGAGGAGGCGGCCCUGCCAAUGGCGGAGCCAGAGGGGGAACGAGGCCUUGCUAAUCGGCCCAGCCCUGGGGAGCAGCCAGGCCAGAUCGCGGGUCCUGACUUUGAGAGCGAGGACGAGGGCGAGGAAUUUGAUGACUGGGAGGACGACUACGACUAUCCUGAAGAGGAGCAACUGAGUGGUGCAGGCUACAGAGUGUCAGCAGCCCUUGAAGAAGCCAACAAGAUGUUUCUGAGAACAUCCAGAGCAAGAGAAGCAGCCCUGGAUGGCGGUUUUCAGAUGCAUUAUGAGAAGACCCCGUUUGAUCAGUUGGCUUUCAUCGAAGAGCUUUUUUCACUUAUGGUUGUCAAUCGCCUGACCGAAGAACUCGGCUGUGAUGAGAUUAUUGAUAGAGAGUAGUUAAAUGCAGUUACCAGAGGAGGAAACUACUUGAGGAGAGACCCAACAUUCCACUGUCUCUUGGGUUUAUUCCAAAUAGUUCCGUGCCAAUGAAAAACUUGAUCUUCAAAAAAGAAUUUUGUUUCACAGAAUAGAAUAGGGCAGUGACUGCACAGGUAUGAUAAAGGGGGAAAAAACUGUUAAAGGAUCUUAGGACUGUUGAAACCUGUUUACAGAAAUGUCCUGAAACGUAUGGCUUUGACUCUGUUAUUGAUCCAGAUUAUUUUCUUUGCAUUGGGGAAAAUUACUUUCCUAUUUCACUGUACAGGAUGGUUUUGCAAGAAAAACUAAUGGCCAAGACAAACUACCAGUACAAGAGCCCAGUGAUACUAAUUACAUGAGAAAAAGUAAUAUAUCCAGUUUAGAACACGAGAUAUCUUUGAGUUUUUUGGACUGAAAGCCUAUUAAGAAAACGUUGAAGAUUCCACUUUGUGAUCUAUCCAAGCCAUAGUUAUCAAAGGCUAAAUUUUUAGUUUAAGAUAAAUUGAGUAUUCUUAGUAUCCCAGAAGGAUAAGCAAACUCCAAAAGAAAUAUGUAUCACGUGUACUGUAUCUGAAAAUGUUUUCAGGAGCAUCUGAAAUUUUGUUUGUACAUGUAUCUUGAUCAUUUAUAAAACUGUGAUCUGUAAUUCAAGAAAAUUGUUUUGACCAUUUUUAAAAGUCAGAAAUGAAAAAGUAAAUUUUCAAAUUUAGACAUUAAAAAGUAUGUGAAAGUAUAAAGGAAAGCUAACACAUAUACUAGAGAAAUUUUCUGUUUUACUCGCUGUUUUUCAUUUAACUUUACAGGCAAAAGACUGGACGAACUUCAUAACAUAAGAACUGUUAAGUGAAAAUUGUCAAGUAAAAGGAAAGCCCUAUGUUUAAAAAAGACUUUAUGAACAAUUAUGCCAUCAACCUUUAAAGGUUUUAAACCUGUCCAGAAAUCCACCUCAGUAUCUGAAGUUUCCCUCUGUCUCCUCCUCUAAUUAAGCUUGUUAUUGGUUAUACACCAGCAUUCAAGAUAAUAAAAUUUCUUGUUCUGUGUA